UGAGUGUGAGGCGGCAAUGAGACUCCCCAAUGAGGAUGCGGAGCGAUCUCUGCGGCUGUUAGAUGAUGAUGGAUCACGAUUCCUUUGACUGUGGACCGGCUUCACUGAGCGCACCUGAGAUGGAAAGCUGAGGGGUCACCGCAGUUUGGCGGAAAGUUCUGACCGGAUGGAGCGCACAUCUUCUGGAGGUGUUUCCUCGAUGCAACUUCUCAAGAACAUAAGUAAAGAGUCUCUGUCACCAACAUGAGUUGGAGCUUUCUCACUCGACUAUUGGAGGAAAUCCACAAUCACUCCACAUUUGUGGGGAAAGUUUGGCUGACUGUGUUAAUUAUUUUCCGGAUCGUUCUGACCGCAGUGGGAGGUGAGUCAAUCUACUCCGAUGAGCAGACAAAGUUCACCUGCAACACUAAGCAGCCCGGCUGUGACAACGUAUGCUACGAUUCCUUCGCCCCGCUGUCACACGUCCGGUUCUGGGUGUUCCAGAUCAUCAUGAUAUCCACCCCCUCCGUCAUGUAUCUGGGUUAUGCCAUCCAUAAGAUCGCCCGUACCUCGGAGGAGGAGCGGUGCAAAAACCAGAUUUAUCAAAAGAGGAAUCGCCACAGUCGGUGGAGAAAUGGACACCACCGUGAGGAGGUCUUGGAGGAAGAUGACGAAGAUGACGCCGAGCCAAUGAUCUAUGAAGAAGACACUUUGGAUGAGCAGGAGGUCAAACCAGAGACAGACAAGGGCAAAAGCCAAGAUCCAGCGAAGCAUGAUGGCCGCCGUAGGAUCAUGCAAGAAGGCUUGAUGAGGAUGUAUGUGCUUCAGCUUUUAUCCCGUGCCAUCUUUGAGGUGGGGUUCCUCACGGGUCAAUAUCUCCUUUACGGCUUCCGUGUUAACCCUUCGUAUGUCUGCAACAAGAUCCCAUGCCCGCACAGAGUAGACUGCUUCGUCUCACGACCCACCGAGAAGACCAUCUUUUUACUCAUCAUGUAUGUGGUGAGCUGUCUUUGUCUGCUGCUCAAUGUUUGUGAGAUGUUCCACUUGGGGAUUGGUGCCUUCCGUGACACUCUUCGUAAACGUCGAAGCCAUGGUCAACAACCUCCAUACGGCUACCCUUACUCCAGGAACAUUUCUAGUUCUCCGCCAGGGUACAACCUGGUGGUUAAAUCUGACAAACCGGGUCGCAUUCCCAACAGCAUCAUCCUACAGGAGCAGAACAUGCCCAGAGUGCUGCCUGAACAGCAUUGCACAAGUCCUGAUGAGAACAUUCCCUCUGACCUGGCUACACUGCACCACCAUUUACGAGUAGCUCAGGAACAACUUGACAUGGCGUUUCAGACAUAUAACACAAAAAACGCUCAGAUCUCCAGAGCUAGCAGCCCUGUGUCUGGUGGCACAAUGACAGAGCAGAACCGGGUCAAUACAGCUCAGGAGAAAGAGGGUGCACGACCUAAAUCAAGCCCUGAGAGGGCAGGGACAAUAGCAAAAAAUGGAAAGACUUCUGUGUGGAUUUAACUCUUAUCUGACUAGUCAUGAACCAUUAUCCUCCAAAACAUAUUGUUCAGUUAGUG